CAGACACCUCGCAGCAUCAUGUCUGACGCCGCUACCGUGCCGCUCAUCGAACCCGGCGUGGACAGCAAUGGCAUCAAGACUGGCGACUGGAAAGCUCCCAUCUUUGGCUGCUUCGACACGUUCGUUCCUAAUGCGCUGAUGACGUUUGCCUGCCCGUGCGUAACUCUCUCCCAAGUUUUGGCGCGGCUUGGAUCGUUUCCAUACACCACAGCGCUUAUCACGACGUAUUCGUUAGCUGUGUACUUCGUUGUAGCGGGCUCGUUGAACCGCCAGUGGCUCAAUGUGCUCUCGGCCGUCCUUGCCGUGGGUCUUGCCAUUUUCAAAUGGAACCUGCGCACAAAAGUACGCACGAUGUUUGCAAUCCCAGGUGUGUGGUGGGAAGAUGCCCUGUGUACCAUCUUCUGCAGCUGUUGCUCCCUUGCCCAAAUCGCCACCCAUGUCGAAAGCUACACGCCUGGCGCCUGUUCGUUCGAUGCCAAGGCCACGUUGCAAGGCUACCGUCUCUAGAUUGUACCUUGUAGAAAAUAUACAUACACGAUGAAUUGACUGUGUCAUGCAGUUGCAUCCAGG